UAGGUCGGACUUGCUCCUACUUUAUUCAGAGCUCACAGAAACAGAGAAAAGGCAUGAAUUUCUACAACCAGUCCAACACCCAGGUGGUGGUCACCACCACUGCAAUGAGUCAAAAGGCUGGGGAGUGGAGCACGGGCAUCUGUGACUGCUGCUCUGAUAUGAACACCUGUUGCUUUGGAUAUUGGUGUUUCCCCUGCAUGCAGUGUCAGACAGCCAGUAAACAUGGAUGGUGCUGCGGUAUGCCACUCCUGGACUGUUGCUGUGUGGUGUCCUGCUUACUUCGCAAGUCUGUCAGAGAGCGCUACAACAUCCCUGGCUCGUGCUGUGAUGACUGCUGCAAAAUAUUUUGGUGUUAUCACUGUGUCUGGUGCCAGAUGAAUCGUGAGCUGAAGAUCAGGGAAAACCAGCACCCUGCUGCCUCGACGGUGGUCACCACGCAGGUCGUCCGUGGAUAAGAUGCAACCGUUUUUGUUGUGUGUUGAGUGAAUAUGACAGUUACCUUUUCAAACAGUAUUAAUUUUUCAGCACCACACAGUUUUGUCCUCAGCAAUGUGUCUUUUAUUUUAA